AUGAGCGGAUCUAACACCAAGCAUGACGUUUCCGAAGGCGCACCUGCGACGGUGACGCCACUGGUACCAACAACACGAGUUACGCUGGCAACGGAGCAUAAAACAGAAAACGCCACGUUGAAGAGCCCCUCGAGUUCGCGCGUGAAGUCGCAUGAUCAUGCUGCCAUCCGGAGAGUCGAGCGGAAAGGCAACAACCCCUUGAGGAACUUCGCCAAUUGGUUGCUCGAUAUUCAAAUCGCCAUAUCGUUCAACCUCGUCGCCCUUCUCUUCCUCACGCACUUGUGCGUGCCUAAGGCCCGAUAUUACACGUCCAAAUUCUUUUUGUCGUCGUACUAUAACUCAACUACGGGAAAGUACGCCGCUGGUGGCGAUGAUUUUUUCUUCCUCGGCUUCUGCGUUGUCCUCUUCACCGGUGUCCGCGCCUGUUUCAUGAAGUAUAUUCUGGCACCACUAGCUAGACGGUGGGGCAUAUCUAAGCGGAAGGAUGUUGCAAGAUUCUCCGAACAAUCAUGGCUCCUGUGCUACUAUUCAGUCUUUUGGACCCUUGGCUUGUACAUUUACUGCACCUCAAAAUACUUCCUGAACCUGAGGGAGAUGUUCACGGACUGGCCUACGAGAGGACUCUCUCAUGUUACAAAGGCAUAUAUAUUGGGUCAGUGGGCUUUCUGGCUGCAGCAGAUCAUCGUCAUCAACAUCGAGGAGCGGCGUAAAGACCACUGGCAGAUGCUGGCCCAUCACAUUGUGACGGUCGUACUCAUUUCUGCCUCUUACGCCAUGCACCUAACUCGUGUCGCCAAUUUGAUCUUGGUCUUGAUGGAUGUGGUCGAUAUUUUCUUCCCACUCGCCAAGUGUUUAAAAUACCUUGGAUAUUCUACACUGCGCGACAUCGUGUUCGGUUUCUUCAUGCUGUCGUGGUUCGUCGCCCGUCACGUCCUUUAUAUCAUAACCAUGUGGAGUAUCUGGACUCACAUGGCUGAAAUCAUCCCCAUCGGUUGCUACCACGGCCCCCAGGAUGAUCCGAUUGGGCCGACCCCGCUACCCAAUCACGGCUGGUCUCACAUGCUUGAACCAUUCUGGAAGCCAGCAGGCACCAUUUGCUACAGCGACAAUGUGCGGUGGGGAUUCCUUGGUGCUUUAGGUUUUCUCCAGGCCCUUACCAUUAUUUGGUUCUUCAUGAUUGUCCAAGUCGCCAUCCGUGUUAUUAAGGGCAUCGGUGCUGAUGAUAUACGGAGUGAGGACGAGGGCGAAGACCUGGAAGAGGAGAUUGAUCCGGAGUCCCAGGGUUAG